AUGGCUGAGGUUGGUACAAAUAAAUGUAUAGGAUUUGAAGUAUUUGCAAAUAAUGCGCUAACUGUUAGAGGAAGGUUGUAUGUACCAAAGGAUGAAAGUAUAAGAAAUGAGUUAUUGGAAGAAGCUCACUUCAUCCCAUAUGCUGCAUAUCCAGGUGGUAUAAAAAUAACAUCAAAGGUCAUCAAAACUGCUAAAAUCAUUGGAUAUUCCAGAAUGGAAGUGACAACAUAUAGCGAUGGACUUCGUAGUAGGUCUUCCGAGAUCAGCAAGAGGGAGAUAGUAAGAUUGCAUGGAGUUCCUUUCACCAUUGACUUAAAUAGAGACCCGAGUUGGGAGACACAUCUGACAUUAAUGGAGUAUGCUUAUGACAAUAGUUUCCAGGCUACCAUAGGCAUGGCCCUAUACAAAGUUCUUUAUGAUAGAAAGUACAGAUCUCCUAUCCAUUGGGAUGAAGUUAGAAAGAAUAGAAUUUUGGAUCCUGAAAUUAAUGAACGAACAAUUAAGGCGAUUGACAAGAUUAGGGCCAAAAUAAAAAAAGCACUGGACCAACAGAAAAGUUAUGCCGAUGUUAGAAGAAAGGAUUUCGAAUUUAGUGUAGAAGACAAAGUUUUUCUUAAAGUAACACCCAUGAAAGGUUCAUUGAGAUUUGGUAAGAAGGGAAAGCUGACAUCGCGAUUUAUUGGAUCUUUUGAGAUUCUUGAAAGGAUUGAUGCUGUGACAUAUCGACUUGCCUUAUCACCUAAACUCACAGUAGUGCAUCAUGCAUUUCAUGUUUCGAUGCUCGGAAAAUAUGUUCAUGAUCCCAAUCGUGUGGUUAGAUUGGGUCAUUGGUCGAUAGGCGAUGAGGUGCAGUUGUUGGGCCAAGAUUUAUGGGACUAA